AGGUUCUCUUAUACCACGCAGAGCAGUUUAACUUUGAGUCUCAGCUGAUAUAUUUUCUGACUACAAUAAUGAAAGUGGUAAACUAUCGGCAGCGCGCAAUUACUAUCUUGCGUCACAAGUUGUUCAGGCUUGCGCAGGGAUUUGAAAGGGAUUGCCAUGUUUCGUAUAGGCAAUUCGUUACCAAUUUUUAUAAAGUGGAGGAGCUGGAGAAGCACAUCAAAUGGAUGGAGGGUUUCAACGAAUUUGCGCCCCAAAUGCGUAUAAAUCAUUCAACGAAUAUGAUUGAAUAUCGAAUCAACGGGACCUUAAUGACAACAAAUUUGCAACAGUAUGACAAUCUGAUUGAAUAUCUGAACUUGGAUUGUUUGGAAUUGCCGCGCAAGAAGGCACAAUACAUGCUGGAGAUGCUGAAUGUGGCUCGGAAUUUGCGCAAACAUCAUGUGAAUAGAGGUCGCGUCUCUGGCUUAACCAAUUUACUUGUGGAUAGUCUCCUCGAUUUGGAAGGGGCCAUUGAAAAAUUUCACUAUUUAGUGUGUGAUUUGAUGCCAUUGUAUCAUGAUCAUAGACGUUUUCUGACGUUUUAAGGACUAUCCGGAUGUAUGAUGUAUGAUGAAAUAAACUCGAUCCGAAAGGCUCAUCCAUUCA